GCAAAAAACUUUACUCUUUUAAUUUCUCUCUGCUCACUGUUAAUUACAUGGCUGAGAGCCUCGAAGCUAAAAUCGAGAAAGAUGAAGAAAAGCAAGGGUUAGAAACCCUAGCGGUGCCUCAGUUAGCUGAGAACGAUCAGUAUAGAGGUGUCGGGGUUAAGUCUGCGGCGGAGGGGAUUGGUGACGCUUUAAUUCAGGAGCAAAUUGGGAUAAGCCACCAGCAAGUUCUGGCAAGUGCAUCAUACCAGCAUUCUCAGGGUCAGACACAAAACCUGCAACAGUCGAUUUCUUGUCCAACUUCUUUGUCAGAACUGUCACCAACUUCUGUUACUCAAUCCAUUUCACCUGCUCCAAGCCCAGUUCUUCCAGAACAAAGACCGUCAUUGCAGAAGGUCAAUGGUUUAUGUACGCUUGAGGAGGACAAACAACUUUCUUCUGACUUUAAGUAUAUAUCGCCUGUUCCUUUUGUGAAAACAUCCGCUGCGGAUGGUUACAACUGGCGAAAGUAUGGCCAGAAGCAAGUGAAGAGUCCUCCAGGUUCUCGAAGUUAUUACAGGUGCACCUUUUCCGAAUGUUCUGUCAAAAAGAUUGAAUCCUGCGAUAUUUCCGGCCAUUUAAUCGAAAUUGUUUACAAAAGCCAACACACUCAUGAUCCCCCUCGGAGGAGUAACUGCACAAGGGAAAUCAAGGUUGCAUCUUCUGCUGAGUGUGUAGGCAAUAAUGCUGUAGAAUAUCCCUGCACAAUAACGAAUGAUUCAGAGCUGUCCACGACUUCAAAAGAACCUAUACAAGAAAACCCAGUUCCUGAAAGAAAACGACAGAGCUCAAGUGACUCUGAUGGUAAUGGUGAUGUUAUGAUGAAUGAGGAGCAUAUCAAUGAUCCUGAAGCCAAGAAAAGAUUGAAGAAAAGCAACUCAGAAUAUUCAGAUUCUCUCUUGAAAGCUGGCAAGAAGCCUAAGUUUGUAGUGCAUGCAGCAGGGGAUGUGGGAAUAUCCGGUGAUGGAUAUAGAUGGCGCAAGUAUGGGCAGAAGAUGGUGAAGGGAAACCCUCAUCCCAGGAACUACUAUAGAUGCACUUCUGCUGGAUGCCCUGUGCGGAAACACAUUGAAACAGCCUUGGAUAACACAAGUGGUGUCAUAAUAACAUACAAGGGCAUACAUGAUCAUGACAUGCCUGUUCCAAAGAAGCGGCAUGGCGCUCCCAGUGCUCCUCUUGUGGCCGCGGCUGCUCCGGCUUCCAUGAACAAUUUGCAGAUUAUGCAAACUGAUACAGGAGAACAACAGUCUUCAACCCAGCGGUCAGUGGAGAAGGGAUCACACCAAGCUUCGACACAGUGGUCAGUAGACAAGGGAGGAGAAUUGACCGGUGAGACCUUAGAACUUGGAGGCGAAAAGGCAAUGGAAUCAGCUCGAACUCUUUUGAGCAUUGGAUUUGAAAUCAAGCCCUGUUGAAUGUUCUUUUGCUGCCCAUGGACUGGUCAGAACUCAAGAAGAUCAAUCAGCCUUUCUUAGAAAAAGAAAACAAGCAGUUGUAUUUAUGUUAAGAUUAAGAAUCACAUUGGCAGGGUUUUUUAACUUUUUUUUUUUUUUCCCCUUCACCUUUCUGCUGUUGUUUAUAGUGCGCAGUUGUGUAUAUUUAGUAUUGUAUGUGCUGGAAUCUUGUUUUAGUAGGCUAAAUGGUAAUGAAAAGCUAAAGAGAUGAGAGGUAUCUUUCCUGCUUUAAAAUUUUACAGUUUUGAAAGCUAAA